AUUCUGCGGUACACGUGCGAGGCGGUCGACGACAGUCUGUUUCACAACAAGCUUUAGAUUUAAGUAAGAAUUUAAGUUAAAACCAUGUUGAAACCAAUCCUAAACCAAAUUGGAACGAAACGGGUAGUGCUGGCCAGCGGAUCUCCCCGGCGCCAGGAGCUGAUUCAAAACAUUGGUCUGUCCAAUGUUCAACUGUGUCCAUCGACCUUCGAGGAGAACCUGGACAAAACGCGGUACUCGUUCGCGGAUUACGUGGCCGAGACGGCUUACCACAAGGUGCUGGAGGUGUACCGGCGGCUGUCCGGCGAAUCGACGAUUGAUCCCUCCCUGAGGCCGGACAUCGUAAUCGGUGCCGAUACGAUGGUCACCAUGGAUGGGAAAAUGUACGGCAAACCGAAAACGCCAGAAGUCGCAUUCCAGAUGCUCAGUGAAUUGAUGGGCCGGCAGCAUAUCGUCUACACCGGAGUGGUCAUCAAAUAUCACGACCGGGAGGUAAAGUUUACGGAAGCUUGUAAGGUGAACUUCGGCAAGGCAACGGCCGAACAGAUUCAGGCAUACGUCGAUACCGGAGAACCACUUGACAAGGCCGGUGGCUACGGAAUUCAAGGAAUCGGUGGAACGUUUGUGGAGAAAAUCGAAGGCGAUUACUUCACCGUGGUCGGACUGCCUCUAUAUCGGAUAUCGGCUGAGCUGUGCAAAAUGUUCGACUAUCGGGUGGAGGAAAAUUGAGCCAGGGCCUCUUUCUGGUGAAAAAUGACAGUGGAGAUGGUGUGAGCUUAGUUUUCCUGCUCGAAAUACAUUCAAAUA